AUGACUAUUAAGUUUGUAGCUCGGUUCAAGGAUGCUAUUGAAGCUGAAAUGCGACUGGAUAUUGCGCUUGCCAAUGAUUAUCUCAAGGCAUAUUCACCGAAGCAGUUGGCCAGAAUGGGUCUAGCAAUAAUUAACUUGGUGGUGACAAACCUUCGUACUGGUCUUGGAGGUAAGAAUAUCUUGGAGUUAGAGUGUGAUCCUUCCCUAGGAACGGAAUUGGCAGUGGGGAGCUUUAAAGUUGGUGAUAUUGUUCGAAUCGAUCGAAUGAAGGGCACCGACAAGUUGGCCAAGGGGAAGAGAAGCAAACAUUCAGCUACUGAUAAAGAUAAAGAUAACGGUGAUAGAAGUGAUACUGAUGAUUUGGAUGGUGUUGUUGUGCGGAUCUCCAUGAAGGGUAUCACUGUUAGUGUAGAUGAAGAUACCAAUGAUAUCAAAGUCAUGAACAUGUACAACAAUACAGACAGCUCUAAGAAGAUAUGGAUAGUGAAGCUAGCGAAUUCCAUCACCUAUAAGAGAAUGAACUCCACAUUGCAGAAAUUAGAUGAUCUCUGUGAUAAGAAGAAUGCUCUUACACUGAUUCUUUUGAAAGAGUAUGUCUAUAAACCAAUUGAUAAGGGUCCUUCUGUUCCUGAUUUGAUAUACUUCAAUUCAACUUUGAACCCAUCACAAAGGAGUGCAAUCCAGUUUGCUAUCAGCAAUAUUAUUAGCAUUAUCCAUGGACCACCUGGAACUGGGAAAACUUACACCAUCAUAGAAUUAAUUAAACAGUUAACAUUGAACCGAAACGAAAGAGUCUUGGUGUGUGGACCUUCUAAUAUUAGUGUUGACACUAUUCUUGAACGACUUUCAGAUUCGUAUACCAAUCUGUUGGAUUUAAUUAGAAUAGGACAUCCAGCCAGGUUGUUAAGCUUAAAGCAUUCACUUGAAGUUGCUGCACAAUUAUCGGGAAAAGAGAUCAUUGCUGACAUUAAGAACGAUAUUGAUUCCACCAUAAGGAAAAGUAAAAAGACCAAGCAAUAUCUGGAACGGAAGCUUUUAUGGAAGGAGAUCAAAGAUUUAAGGAAAGAGUUGAGACAGAGAGAGAAGAAAGUCAUUAAUGAUCUUAUUUCAGCAAGUAAAGUUGUAUGUUGUACAUUACAUGGAGCUGGAAGUUACGAUUUAAGAACUCCAUUGGCUGGUAAUUUAUUUGAUACCAUCAUCAUUGAUGAAGUUUCUCAAUCUCUUGAACCUCAAUGUUGGAUUCCUAUCAUAGCAAAUCUUGGAGCCAAAAGAUUGGUAAUAGCUGGUGAUAAUAUGCAAUUACCCCCAACAGUGAAAAGCAGUAAAGACUCAAACGAUUUAGGAACCCUUGGUGUGACAUUAUUUGAUCGGUUGGUUCAGGAAGCUAAUGGGAAUGAAUUCAAAAGAAUCUUGAAUGUUCAAUAUCGUAUGAAUGACUACAUUAUGCAGUUUGCUUCUCAUGAACUAUACAAUGGGGUGCUUCAAAGUUCACCAUCUGUUAAGGAAAUAAGUGUUAAGGACUUGAUUAAGAAACAGACAAUUCUGUACGAUGAUAAUGAUGAUGCCAUAGAUUUAGAUUUCAUUACCUCUCCUUGUAUUUGGUACGAUACUCAGGGCGGAGAGUUUCCUGAGAAGAUUGAAGACUUAUUGGGAUCAACAUCGACGAAUGUGCUUGUGGAUAGUGGGUCUAAGUUCAAUGAGAUGGAAGCCUUGGUUGUCCAAAACCAUGUGAAACAAUUAAUAUCUAUUGGAGUUGAACCAGAAUGCAUUGGUAUCAUAAGUCCAUAUUCUGCUCAAGUAAUGCAUAUCAAGCAAACCAUGGGGAAGGAAUUAGAAGGUAAGAUAGAGAUAGCAUCAGUAGAUGGGUUCCAAGGACGAGAAAAGGAAAUAAUCAUACUUUCACUUGUUCGUUCUAAUGGCGACUACGAAGUUGGGUUUUUGAAGGAUAAGCGACGGUUGAAUGUUGCUAUGACUCGAGCAAAGAGACAAUUGUGUGUUGUUGGGGAUAUGGAAAUGCUUGAAAGGAGUGGGGUUGAAUAUUUGAAGCAUUGGAUGGAAUUUGUUGAACAAACAUACGAAAUUAUGUAUCCUGAUCCUGGGGACUUGUUAGCAGGUGUAACUUCCCAAUUAGAGGUUAGCUAA